AUGGAUUCUUCAUCAUCAGUAAAAAUCGUCUCAAAAUGCUUUGUGAAACCCAAAACMAUCCCUGAAGAAUCAAAGCAACCAUACUACUUAUCACCAUGGGACUACGCAAUGAUCUCURUUCAAUACAUCCAAAAAGGUCUUCUCUUUCAAAAGCCACUUCAUUCCUCCAUUGAUACUCUGCUUGAGAAGCUUAGAGAGUCUCUAGCCAUCACUCUCGUCCAUUUCUACCCUCUCUCUGGUCGCCUCUCAUCGCCCAAAACCGAAAAACCUAAUUCGUAUUCUGUUUUCGUGGAUUGUAACAAUAGCCCUGGUGCUGGUUUCAUUUAUGCGACCUCUGAUUUAUGUGUAGCUAACAUUGUUGGCUCUAAGUAUGUUCCUCUUGUUGUUCAYUCUUUCUUUGACCACCACAAAGCUGUGAAUCAUGAUGGACACACCUUGAGCCUCUUAUCAGUCCAGGUUACAGAAUUGGUAGAUGGAAUUUUYAUAGGAUUGUCGAUGAACCAUGUUAUGGGAGACGGAACUUCGUUCUGGAAGUUCUUCACUGCUUGGUCUGAGAUCUUCCAAGCGCAAGAAAGCAACAAAAACACUGACUUGUGUCUCAAGAACCCACCGGUUUUAGASCGUUAUAUCCCUCAAGGAUACGGUCCUCUCUUUAGCCUUCCYUUUAGCCAUCCAGAUGAAUUUAUCAGACCCUUUGAAUCUCCAAUUCUCAAGGAGAGAAUGUUUUGUUUCUCAUCAGAAACAAUAAGAUUGCUUAAAGCAAAGACUAACCAAGUAUGCGGAACAACCUCCAUCUCAUCUUUCCAAUCGCUAACCGCGGUUAUAUGGAGAUGCAUAACUAGGGUGCGAAGGUUACCUUUCGAACAAGAAACAAGCUGUAGACUUGCUGCUGACAACAGAGCAAGGAUGUAUCCGCCGCUUCAUCCAGAUUACUUUGGAAACAGCAUCUCUGCUUUGAGAACGGCUGCAAAAGCCGGUGAGCUAUUGGAGAAUGAUUUUGGAUGGGCUGCUUUGAAAAUACAUCAAGUCAUCGCUGAACAUUCCAGUGAAAAGGUAUCUCAAAUGAUUGAUCAAUGGUUGAAGUCUCCUUUCAUUUACCAUAUGGAUCGGCUUUUUGAACCCCURAGCGUUAUGAUGGGAAGUUCCCCGAGGUUCAACAAGUAUGGUUGUGAAUUCGGGAUGGGAAAAGCGUUGACGCUUAGAAGUGGUUACGCGCAUAAGUUUGAUGGGAAGGUAUCGGCUUAUCCAGGAAGAGAAGGAAACGGAAGCAUAGAUUUGGAAGUUUGUCUUGUUCCCGAGUAUAUGGAAGCUCUAGAAUCUGAUGAAGAGUUCAUGUCUCUUGUUUCUGCUUGA